AUGAGUGAUGAUUUGGGACGAAAUGAGAGUAUUGAUUCAUCUUUGUCUGAUGAUCGAUUUCCCGGUGAAUCGAUGUUUAAGAAAAUUACAGGAUACGUCGGAGACAAUCGAAAACAGAAUUUACGUCAGUAUUGGAUUCCCGAUAGUGCCGGUAAAGAAUGUUACGAUUGUGGCGAGAAAUUUACUCCAUUUCGUAGAAGACACCAUUGUACGUAUUCGCAAUUUCUUUAAGACCGAAUGUUACAGUCACACCAGUUUUACGGUUACACAUGAUUGCACAUUUUAAAAGAACAGGAAGCAAAAGUGGCUGACU